UUUGUCCAUACCCUACCAAAAAGAAUAUCUUGAUCGAAUAGCUACAUUUAUAAUGUAGAGUGUUAUUCAAGGAAAAUUAGGCAAGAUUAUCGUAAUCCCAUAAAUUCUGUUCACACAUUAUAUUAUCCAAAAUAAUACUCUAUAUACGUUCAUUUAUUAUAUUUUUGCUUCGUAGAUUAUCCCUUUCCCAAUGUCUUCCUUAGAGAAGCAAAGAACAAAGGAGUUCCUUGAAACCAAAUUUCCCAAAAUAUGUUAGGAUUUAGAUUGCUCUUUAAUUUCUUCUUUUGCCUUUGUAUUUCUUAACUGACUCAAUUUCAUUCAAAAUUCAAUGGAAGAUCUUAACACAUUUGCUGCUGACUGCGUCGUUGUAUCAUGUUGCUGCAACUGUCUUGUUCUCCAAAUCGUGAUCUUCAUCUUCCUUGGGCUUCCUCAAAAACUGAUCAAGAACACAAGAAAAUGUUACGCAAAAUGGGGCAUAAACGGAAGAACAAAAAGAAUGGGGCUCGAUUAUGAAUGUCGAGGAAACACCGGGGUCGAUUGGGAAUGGAGAAAACAGACUCUGAGUAUAGAGAUGGAGGGCUUUGGAUGUAUUGAAGAAGUUGAAGAGGCUUUAGAGGAGUUUUCAAAGAAUGGUGAGUUUUUGUUUGGAAGCUUCUGGCGAAAAGAGAGGGUUCAAAACUUGUCAAUGUCAAGUUGUGUUGAUGAAAACUUUGACCUAAAAUUUGUAAGUCGUUAUGAGAUAAUCGAAGAAAAUUUCUACUCCUUGGAUUAUACAUUAACAACUUCACAUAUUGAAAUUAGUGGAAAUAAAAAUAGCCCUUGUGUCCACUAGGUUGGGGUUUUGCUUGUUCCCAACUUCAGAGAUCCGUAUAUUUUCAGCCAUGUUCUGAUCAUCAUAUAGUUAACAAAUGACAUGCUUUGUGAAAAUUUUAUAUCAUGGACACU